AUGGGCCCGUUUGAAGGCCAGUCGAUAGGCUCUACACCAGCACCCACUCCUCCACCCCCCAGACCUGCAUCUCAGCACCAACAUCAGCAAGGUUUAUCCGCGCAGCAACAGAUGGUGUAUAGUAUGAACGGAACAGCGUCCAUGACCAAUGGAGGGAUGAUGGCACCGCCCAAUAGCUUCGGUUCUUACUCGGAAGCGAAUGCGUUCGCGCAACCCGACUACUAUGCGAACGGGCUCAAGCCACAGAUAUACACUGCCGUCUACUCCAAUGUGUCGGUUUUCGAGAUGGAAGUCAACGGAGUAGCUGUCAUGCGACGCCGAGCAGACUCUUGGCUGAACGCGACCCAGAUUCUCAAGGUGGCGGGGGUGGACAAGGGCAAAAGAACGAAGGUGCUCGAAAAGGAAAUCUCGGGUGAGCAUGAAAAAGUCCAAGGUGGCUAUGGAAAGUAUCAGGGCACUUGGGUCAACUACCAGCGCGGUCGAGAAUUUUGCAGACAGUAUGGUGUCGAGCAACUGCUCCUACCACUGUUAGAGUACGACAUUAAUUCGGAUGGUAUGCCUGGAGUCUCCCAGGGCAUCGAGACGCCCACUAAGGAACAAGCCAUGGCAGCCCAGAGAAAGCGAAUGUAUGGUGGCGACAGCCGCGGGGGCGGGCAUCCGACCGGGGGCACCUUUUUCAAAAGCAUGUCCAGUACCGCAGCAAACGCUAUUCAUGCCUUGAAUAGAACGAGGCUCGACUCUCCCAAUAUGGACGGACGACGCUCCAUCGGCCCCAGAAAACAGUCCCAAUCAUUUGGCUAUAGCCAGGAGACCAUGUAUGCCAGCCAACAGAGCAUACCGAGUAUGACGAGCCAAGAUAGUUUCGGCACAAACGGAGGGAUCAUGAGCCAAGGUGCGAGCUUCGUGGAUUUCCCUACGACAGAUUCGCAGGAGCCGCCGCGCAAACGCGUUCGACCUUCACCACAGUCAUCAUUCCUGUACGAUGGCGCUAUAGAUCUCAGCAUGCAGGACAGCGUCCCUACAGAGCCGAACGUUUCAUUUUUUUCUCAAUCAGGGCAAGCUUUUAUCUCUGCGGAUCCGCUGCCUUAUGGCCUGGAGCCACUUCCUCACCCAUCUGGACCUUUGGAGGAGCAAAAGAAGGAACUCUUACUCGACCUUUUCAUCGACCCUUCACGAACAGAUUUUGACGACCAUGCAGCUUUUUUGCGGUUGAGUGGCGAUGAGUAUGAGGUGCCUAUUGAUGGCUCAUCUAAUACUGCGUUGCACUGGGCGGCCACGUUAGGUCGAAUUGCUCUCGUUCGAAAGUUGCUCGAGAAGGGAUUCAAUAUGAGGCGAGCAAACAGCGGCGGCGAAACAGCAUUGAUCGCUGCGUGCCAGGCGAGAAACAAUCUCGAUCAAGGUUCUUUCCCUGCUCUGCUGGAGCUUCUCGGUCCGAGCAUCGAAGUUAGAGACGGACGUGGGCGAACAAUGCUCCAUCACAUCGCCGUUGCCUCUGCGAUAAAGGGAAGGGCUGCAGUCGGGAAGUACUACCUCGAGUCUCUUCUCGAGUAUGUGAUUCGACAAGGCACAUCGUCAAAAUCAAGCACGCAGUUUGAUGCGACGGGCGGACUCAAUAAGCUGAGCCAGACAAACCCCAUGACACUAGCGAGAUUCAUGUCGGAGAUUGUCAACGCACAAGACAAAACAGGAGAUACAGCUUUGAAUUUGGCAGCAAGAACAAGCACGACUACUAUCAUUGAUCAGUUGGUUGAGGUCGGUGCAGAUCCGCACAUCAGCAACCGUGGUGGCUUGUCUCCGGCAGAUUUUGGGGUGGGUGGCGGACCGGUCAACUCCCACAUGUUUGACCAAACGUUUGCAGCGUUCGAUCAGCCUUCGGUGGCGAACGGGUCAACACAGAAAUCCUUCGAAGAGGCUCAAGAAGGGCUCAUGGCCUCGAUACGAGAAGUUCUCGCUCAAUCCGAGGCCGACUUUGCAGCUGAGAUGAAGGAAAGGAAGGAAAUCCUAGACAAAACCAAUGCCGCGUUGAAGGAGUCGGGCAAUUCGCUCGCAGAGGAGCGGCGGCGGCUAGAAGAAAAUCGAGCCAAAGUGCGGGAAAAAGACGAGUUAGAGCAGAAAAUCAGCAAUCUACGUCGAGCGGCAGCCAAACUUCGCACCGAGCUGAGCGAUGCCAAUCCGCUCAACACGAUUCAAGACAACGUUAUGGUCGGAGAAGCGGAUAGAGGCCUCGACCUUGAGGGACAACUGCCGCUCGUGACACAGUUCUUCCCUGAUGGCGAAAUCGACGCUGGCCUGGUAGCAUUGACACCGGAGCAACUCAACCUCUUGGGCAGCCUUGAAAGAGCGGAGGUGGUGUCGGGGCGUGUUCAGGUGUAUCAGCGACACAACCAACAAUUGGAGCAGACGGCCAAGGUGCUCAAAGCCCACAGUGUGGAGCUCGAAGCACGGUACAAGAAAAUUGUGAGCCUGUGUACGGGCGCCGAUGAAGAUAAGGUUGACGCCUUACUGGACGGACUCGUGCAAGCGGUUAUAAGUGAGCAGAAGGAUAUGAGCAACAAUUCGCAGCUAGGCCGAGUACGGGACUUUUUGAGGAUGGUGCAAGGGUCUCAAAAUUAG